AUGGCGAGAAGUCAACCACCUACCGGUAUUUCUCCUAUGCAUUCGCAGAGUACGACAGUAUCUGGAGGUGCGGGCCUUCUGGGUAGAAACGACAGUUAUCAUGGGACAUACACACUCCAACGGAGCACAUUUCCAUCGUUGUCAAGUCUUAGUGACAUGUCCAGAAUGUCACAGUACACGACUACUCCGCGGGUUUUGGAAAGCACUAUAGACCGAACCUCUCAGAAUCUGUUAUAUGGUCAACCGGGGAACAUGCUGAUGGAGCCGGUCCAGCGCAUGCCACCACCGAUGACAGACGCUCCCCCUUUCGGCGAGACUAAUAUUAUACACCAAAUCGUCUGCGGCAAUCAGACCAUUAAAACAGAGAUCCAGGCUAAGAUACAUAAAGGGUUCUUUCAGGUUGAUGAAAAGUGGACCUGUUAUCGGAGAAAUUACUUCUCUGUCUCAUGUUCUUUCUCGCUGCACCCAUGGACUCAUGCGCCUCUUUACCUCAAAUAUGACCAAGGAACCGAGCGUGUUUCACAGUUUGCCAUGUCAAUAUCAGCCAUUGUGAAUCAACAGUUUACCGAAGUCCGCGAGCUAGUUCAACACACGCCAAAGCGGGAUAAACAGUCGGAGAGGAAACCGGGUAAAGUUAUUUUACAGCCCUCUCAGCCACCACCAUUGGUCCUUAGCCAUUCGUCGGGAUCCGGUGGCAGUCAGCAUACAUUUGGUCUAGCCUCUCAAUCAGUAGGGAUGUCUCUCGACUAUAACGGCUCAUAUAACAGUCCUCCACAACCUUCGCAACCUCCAACGCAGCAUACAUUUGAGCGCAUUCAGUUUCAAAAGGCUACGGCUAAUAACGGGAAGCGCCGAGCCCAGCAGCAGUACUACAACCUGGUUGUCGACCUUUACGCAGAAGUAGCAGAGUCCCAGUGGAUCAAGAUUGCUCGGAAGCUGUCGCAUCCAAUGGUUGUGCGCGGCCGCUCCCCGGGCCAUUACAAAGAUGGCCGUCGAGACAGCUCGACAAGUAUGGGGCCCGAUGGGGGAAGCGGUGGCUCAGGCGAUGGCAGUGGAGGGGCUGUACUACAUCCAAGCAUCGGAGCAGUUGCACGGUCUCACUUGGCCCUCAUGUCCAACAUCUGGCCAUUCCCCAUUAAGUGGAAGCCCACACAUCUCCUCUUCGUCAUCAUCGGGCUUUGA